AAUAUGUUGUGUCUUGAAAAUGGCCGCCUUGAUCGAGUAUUUCACUUAGGAAAGCUUUGCAAUCGACAAAGCUCAUCAAUUUAAAGGAAAUUUGAAUUGUUUAGCAUAAAUAUGCGCUAUGCAUAAGAGGAAAAAAAAAGGGUAUGCCUAUUUGCAUUCAUUUUAUACUAUUGUUAUCUAACCAGAGUACCUUAUUAUUAGUAAGUAGUAAGUAUCUGAUCCACAUCCGCUGCACAUCAUCAAAUCAAGUUAAAGUUCAUUAGUGUUAGUGACAUUAUUCAGUGGUUGUAGAGCUGUUUUAUUAUUUUUGUCUAGGUCUAGGGCUAGGGCCUACAUAGUAGCCUAUAGAAUAUAUAUUAGCCUCAAUAGUCUAUAGUCUAUACUUGGCUUUGAGUCAAUUAUAGUCAAUAUUCAAUAUUCAUAGUCUUUUUUAAUAAUAAUAAUUAAGAGAUCACUGACAUUCCUUUUACUUUUACUUAAUAAAUUACUAAUUUGAUUAUUAUUUUUUUUAUUUGACUUGCCUUUCUUUUAAAAAGUUUAGUUUAACAUUUUUAUUAUUUAAAUUUACACCAAAGUUGCAUAUUAAGUUAAUAUUAUGAGUUAUGCCUUAGGCCUAUAUAAAAUAGAAAAUAGAUCAAUUCAUUCAAUUAAAUUAGUGUAGUUUAUUCAAUUUACUAGGGCAGGGCUGGGGCUAAAUAAUUAUUAAAUUAGACUUAACUUAGACUUAACUUAAUAAACUUCGUAGUCUUGUACGACGUAAGUGUCAGAAAGAGUCUUGAAAAUAAAGUUAAGUUCAAGUACUUAAAAGUUAAAAAGUUUUCUUACAGAUUUGAUUAAAAGAAAAAUGAAAACUAUUGGUUUUGUGUUGAAAUUAUCAGUAUCAGUAACACAAGUAAUCAGUAUCAAUAGUAGUAUUAAUUAGUAUUAGUAGUAUCACAUCAUCUAGUCCACAGAGGCAAAGUAAAGGAUCACCAAAAGAAGAAGAAAAAUAUGUUGAAAGCCUUGUGUUUUGGGUUUUCAUCUUGAGUUUUAGUAGAAAAGGAGAUAACAUAUUCAUUUCAAAUUACCAUAUUGUAUUUAGUCAUGACCUCUGUGAGUGUUCUUUACAACACAUCUAACACAGGUUUUCAUAAAAAAUAAAUAGGCCUAAAUAUAGACACGAAACAGAUUUUGAAGUAGAGCAACUUACAUAUUUUAAAUAUAAUUCUUUUUUUUCCAAUAUAUUUAAUGCAAUGGAAAAAUGGUAAUGCAAAAAAAAAGAGGGAAUAUGAGUCAAAGAUUAAUUUGUAUUUGUUAAUGUCUAGGAUAAUUGACUCCCUCGACUGUUAUUAAAUUAAACUGUUUUUAUUUAGCAGGUGAGGUAACUUACUAUUGAAUUCUAGAAGAAGUAGACCAAAGGACAAUCAUUCUCCUUAAUCUAAUAUCCUUUACAUCCUAGUGUUGAACAAACAAAAAAAGAACUGAAAAACCUUGCUUCAUUGUCAAUUAUUUAGCUAUAAAAACCAAAUAAAUCUUUUAUAAUACCUGAAAUUUACAAUAAAUUAAAUAUAGUGUAUGAGUGAUCAUAAAAAGAAACUACUUUUGAAAAUAAUACCUAGGCCCAUGGUUUUAAAAAUGAUUAAUAUGUUAUGAUUUUAAAUUAAAACAUUGGUUCCAAGGCCAUUUUUUCAAUGGGUUUAUCUAAUAUUGCAAUGUAUAAAUCUUGCAGGCAAAAUAAACAGCAUGGAUUUUGUUGAUCUGGACAAAGUACUUGAUGAAUUUGAGGAGGAAGGUAGAUAUUUUGAGAAAUUUUGAUAAUUAAUUGAAAAAUGUAUUUUCUAUGAAUAAUGACUUAUGGAGUAAUAUUGAUGUAGUGAUGAAAAGAAGAUAAAACUUUUAGGGGGAAUAUAGCAAUAAUAAAUGAGUGAUAUGGCAAAUAAUGUUUUUCCCUUAUCACAUAAUUAACACGUUUCAUUAAAGAAAAAACUUAAAUUUUGCUAAAUGCAGAGUCACUCAUUAUCCAUGGUAGUUAUGUUUUGAAAACAUGUUAACUAAAUCCCUGAUGUUAAAUGAAACUUAAGAACUUAUAGAAAAACAGGUGUACUGUUACAUUUCCCUAGAGAUAGCAGAAAAUCUGUUACAAUUUGAAAACAUUUUGAAAAUGAGAUAAAUUUGACAGAAUUGAAAAAAGUAGUAAUUUACCAUCUCAUCUUGCUUUAUUUUCCUUAGUGUGAUAAACAGAAAAUGUACAAUAGACUGAAUAAGAAAGCCAUAAUUUUCAAGAUUUAUGAAUUUACUAAUUUUGACAUAGAAUAUUAAUCAGCUUUACACAUUUUUUGUCUAGAAAAAAUAAACAUUUUAAAGCUUUCUUUUUAGACAAUGAAAAAUAAUUUUUUAGGCUUUGUAUUGUAUAAAAUUUUGUGGACAUUUUACAUGAAUAGUUAACAGUUGUGUAAACUUUGCAUUGACAGUUAUAAUGAUAGUUAGUAGACAUUUAUUUAUUUGAAUUUGACUAUGUCACAUCAUGACAGUUUACACACACAUAGUUUUAUGUUUGGAAUACUAAACCAUGAUCAGAUCAUCACCUUUAAGACAGUUUUGCAUUGAAUCAGUUAACUUGUCAUUGGCUUUAAAAAAAAAGUUACUUACAGGGGGGAAAUGAUUUAGAUAAAUUAAUAUACAUAUAUUUAUUUAUUUAAAUGCCCUUUUCUUUAUAGAAGAAAUGAUUGAUCUACUGGUUUUUGUAACAGGUUUUUGACCCCAUUAAAAGAUACAUUUAAAACAGAAAGGGAAAAAAACUCAUAAUCAAAGUAUGGAUGAAAGAAACAUAUGAUAGAAUUAGUUUGGCAAGCUGAUAUUGGGGGAUGCACCUCUUAAUUUCGGUAACUCUAGAUGGGGCUAUCAUUUAUGAACAAAUCUCAAAGAACAAAAUGAAAUCAAUGAAAAAUUCACUUAUUUAUUAUUUAAGACAACACAUCUGUUAAUUUGGUCAGAAUGCCUGGUGAACAAAACUUACAAAACUGGUUGUAAGAUAUGGCUUUAAGUAUUCAGUUAAGAUGCAAAAUGUAAACAUUUGUGAAAUAAAUAACAUUUUUUGAAACAAUCAACUAAAAUGUUUUAUGAAAAUUAAACUGUUAUGAGAAUGUUAACAAUGAACAAAAUGCAAGUUAGCAAUAACAAACGUAAAACCGGGAAAGUGAUUAGGGGGUGACACACAAGUGAAACUGGAUGACUGAUUGUCUUGUAACAUUCCUUUUUUCAGUUCAUGUCAGUUAGAGGGUCACAAGGUAGAACAUGUAGCACCAUCAGAAAUAAGUCUGCCACUAACCAACAUAUCUGAUCCUUGCCAGUUGUUUUUAGUUCUUAUCAAGUGUUUUUUCCAUAAAAUAAAAAAUUGCCUAAUCUCAUCAAAUGGCACUUGGCACAUUGUUUCCAAAUUAAAUUGAAUUUACUAUAGAACUAUAAGUUUACGUUUGAAUCUAUUUAUAAUUAAUGUAAUUAAAUUCUUUGAUUUCAGAGAAGCAAGCCCUGUCCAUUGUUCCUGGUCAAGAACUUAAACCAAGUGGGUAUAGUGAAUUCUUAGAAAAACAGGCGGAAAAUGAAUGGAAUGCAUUGAACCCCAAUAAGUUCCCUUCUUACAGUGGAUACACUCUAGAGAGGCGAUCAGUCCGAGAACCAUCCAAUGUGUCCUAUGAUGACCCCUAUGACAGCUUCUCUAACAGUAAGCUGGGCUUUAUUACAGACCACCAGAUAAACAGCCUCUCAUUUAAUGGCUAUGACCGAUCAUCAGAUGGAAAAAAGAGAAAUAACCAGAAUGAGAUUGUUACAAACCUAACCAGGGUGUCUGCAAAUGGAGAGAAUGUUAACACUGUUUACACAUCUACAAAUGCCUAUGAUCGUAAAGGGAUUGCAAAUAGUUCUGAACGUAAAGGAACUAUUGCAUAUCAACCCAUUGAAGUGCAGACCGAUGCACUGUCUCCAGCAAGUGAACAUGAACUGAUGUCCUCACCAUUUCCAAAAUCAGACAUCCUUGUUGAUGGCCACGGCAAUACUGCCGUCAAUUGUCAAACAAAAACUUACAAUGAACCAGAUCAAAACCACAGUCCCAUUUAUGCAAGCAUGGAUACCGUUAACCUUGUACCAAACACUAGCGUGCUAGCAGAGCAACAGCCUCAAACUUCAACAUCACAAAAUCAAAACCUGUCUGAGGACUCUGUCCAAAUAUUAUCUGUAAACAAUACUUCAGUUUCUAAUUCACAAGUCUGGCAGGCGUCUGUUACCACUACACCUGAUGUUGAUAAAAAAUUAGACGUAUCCGAACAAACAGUUGGUUUUUAUGAUCCUGUGGAUGAAGACCUGGAUGAUAGCGAGGUUAAUAUGUACCUCAAUGAACUAGAUGAAGGAGUUGUAGGCAAUUAUAACGCUUCAAAAACACCUGGAGAAUACAAUACUUCUGUCGCAACUGUGGACCAGUGUCACGUUCCUGAUAUUCAAAGUGAUUUAAGUAGUGAUCAAGGACGUCGAAGUCUAGCUGAUGAACUCAGCGAGGCAGAGAGCAAGUUGGAUCAUUAUUCUCCCUCACAUCCAAUGAGCCAAACUGAAACGAUUGUUACUGCAAGUGGGGUUGACAGCCCUGCCGUUAGCCUUCACCAUCCUGACCCCGAUCUUGUAGCCGAUCUUGGAAUCCACUCACAAGAAAUCGCAACAAAUCAUUUUGAUGAGACCCAGAGAAGUGAGUCCAAAACACAUGAUAGUAUCAGACAAAAUGUCUACAGCUCAAUAAUGAGGGGGAAAAUGGAAAUUGAAAACAUUCUUGACACCCAUGAAAGGGCUCAUUCUGUUGACAGUGGAGGUAUAGGGGAGCAUUUACUGCAAGGAAAAAUGGAAAUCGAAGGUAUUUUGGAUAAAGUUGUGGAAGCUCAAGGUAUGAAAUAUAAUGGAACAACCAAACUUGAACCCUCACAGCUGAUGACUAGUCUCAACCAGCCAGAUGUUACUCAAGGCUCAGACAGUACAUCUGGUUUGUCGUCCACUGAAGAAAGAUCUUUUGAAGUUUCCUCAGCUUUUCAUGAUUUGAGAUCCAUCAGUCCAGCCCCCUCACUAUCUAGUAACAGCAGUGAAACAGGUAAUUCGGUGUUAAGUGGGGGGCUUGGUGCCAGACCAAAAGAUCCUUUAGCAUUAAAAAAGAAUCGUCCCAACAGUUUGUUAGGAUUGUCCAAAGUGAAUCUGAAUCUGCCUUCAGUUGUGAAAACGGUGGGAGAUUCCAACAUAGAUGAUGAUAUGCAGCACCCUAAGUCUGCUUAUUUCCCAGAUGUGACCAUUCAAUCACAGCCGCCCAGCAGUGACCUUGAAGAUAUGGGACAAAGAGAAAUGACAAAUGGCAGUCCAAUCAUUCACGAUUUUACCACAUCUCAUUCAGGUGCAGACAGUGACUUAUCUAGUUCACCCCAAGAAAACUACCAGGGUGGCACUGGGCAGAAAACAAAGAGGCCCACAUCACUGAAUAUUCGCAGACCGGAAUUCAGUAUAGAGCAUUCUUACGAUGGUGAUGAGCGUGAAGGUAAGAGUUUUUGUCAUGAAAAUACAUUUUAUUUAUUUAAGUGACUUUGAACAAUCAGCUUUAUGUUACCUUACUCCAGGGUUAAUUAUUUUGAAAGCUGUAAGAAGUGUGCAAUAUAAAAAUUAAGUUUUCUUUAAAUGCUCUUAUUUUGCUCUCAAUAAGAAUAACAAAAAGCAGUGAGAAAAAUCUUUAAAUAGGUAAUUCAUUUUGGAGAUGUUCCUUAGUUAUUUUCCUGAUACUGCUACCUCUACAGUUUGUAGCUAAGACAUUUUAAAAGAAAGUGCAUGAUAUCAAGCUCUUGAAUUUGUCAGAGCAUCAAAUUUUAAAGGAAAGAUUUAUAAAUUUAAAAGGCUUUUGAUAUGUCUUCGUGUGAACAAUUUUUUGUUGUUGAUGCUGUCACAGAAGAAAAAAGGGAAACAUGUUGCACAACCAGAGAUUUGCAUAUCUUUGUCUUGGUUCAAGUUCUACACAUCUUUGUCUUGGUUCAAGGUUCUGCAUAUCUUUGUCUUGGUUCAAGUUCUACAUAUCUUUGUCUUGGUUCAAGGUUCUGCAUAUCUUUGUCUUGGUUCAAGUUCUACAUAUCUUUGUCUUGGUUCAAGGUUCUGCAUAUCUUUGUCUUGGUUCAAGUUCUACAUAUCUUUGUCUUGGUUCAAGGUUCUGCAUAUCUUUGUCUUGGUUCAAGUUCUACAUAUCUUUGUCUUGGUUCAAGUUCUGAAUAUCUUUGUCUUGGUACAAGUUCUAUAAGCACAUCCAAGAUUUUUAUUCAAACCAUCCACUUUAACAUCUGUCUGGAAUGAAUUUUCUGAUUAACCAUUGACCAAAAAAACCCCAUAAACUUGUAAAAAAAACUCUACUGGCAGUAAUUUUCAGAUGAAUUAAAUGAUGCAUUCAUCUAAGUGGGUUGGGGUGGCAUGGGUCUAAUUACUGCUCCCUCAAUGGAUGGUCUGCUUAAUUAGGUAGUGCACUGUUCCUCACUGACAGCAGCUUAAAUUUAAUGUCUGUAAGUAAAUUAGUUACCUAAAAGAAGAUAGCUUGAAUAAAAUUAACUGGAUUUAUUUAAAAAAAUGUAAUAAUACUGCAACAUUGAAUUAAUGGUUUUAGAUAGCUCACCCAGUUCUUACAUCCCUUCACGUAAUCAGUUCCAUCAUUUGAGAUGAGUUAGAGAAGAAAAAAAUUGUUAUACUUUUCAUUUUCCAUAUUAUAUGUGUAUUUUAUUUUUCAGAUGAACCAUCACCUAGCUCAGCUGAACCUCAAGAUCAGUCAAACUUGGCUAAUGGAGAUGAGAUAAAUUCUAUCAACAGGUCACCUGAACUUGCAGAAGAUGGCACAGUCAUUAUGUCAACAACUCAGCCUCUUACACUCAUGAGUAAUUUAGGUUAUCAGGCUCCAUUCUGGAUUCCAGAUGCUGAAGCAAAUGAGUGUAUGAUGUGUAAACUCAAAUUUACCAUGUGGAAAAGGAGACACCACUGUCGAGCUUGCGGGAAGGUGAGAUGUUCAUUUCUCUACAAUAUGGACUUAAUUCUAAGUAGUCAAAUCUGAAAAAAAAAACCCCAACCUGCUUCUGAAACCCUUUUGACAUUUAUGCAGAAAGUGAUUUUGAUGCUUAAUUAGUGUCAGUGCAUUAAUUGCAGUUGAUGCAGACUGUGACCAUGGUUAUUGCAGUAAACUUUUGAAACUGUAAAUUCAUUGUAUGUUAUUUUAUAAUAUUAUUCUUUUAACAUGGUGAUUAUAAUUCCUUCAUUUUUAUGUUUCAAAAGAAAAAGAUGUUACCAUAACUUUCAUAUUUUAUUUCUUUAAAAAAUAAAUCUGUUCAGAGUUGUGUUCCUUUGCCAAGGAUAGAUGAAACCGGAGUAACUUUAAAAAAGGAAAUUUUAUCUCUAUAUGACUGAAGUUUCUAUUUAAAAUGUGGCUUUACCAUGUACACCAAUUUUUCUACCCAUUUACUAGUUUACUAGCUAUGGUUUAUACUUUUUCAAAAGCUAUCUUUAAAAAAAAAUAUUCUGGGGAAUAAUUAGUGUUAUUAUAAUUGGCAAAAGUUCUAAUCUAUCGUACUUUAUAUAUUAAUAAAUACCUGCACUUACCUUAAUUACUUUAUUCCUGAAAUAAAGUGGAGUUUUAAUGUCAUGUUUUACACAUUUUUAUCCCAAAAAUUUUUAAUUCACACAUUACCACUAUUGGUUACCACAUGACAUAAAAAACAAACUAACCUUGAUCACAAAUUUUUUUUUUUUUUUUUUUUUAUUAGUGGCCUUUUUUCCAACUCACACCCCCCCCCCUCUCCUUUUCCCUUCCAAUAGUUAUUGAUACAUUACUAAAAGCAAUCAAAUUUAAAAUCUACAAUUUCCACUCAUAAUUAAUUUUUUCGUUUAUUAAACUGGCUACAUUAUUGUUUUUCCCAGGUACUGUGCUCAUCUUGCUGUAGUCAGAAAGCAAUACUCCCCUACAUGGAAAACAAGGAGGCACGUGUGUGUCUGGAUUGUCACAAUCAACUGUCACUGGGUGAGUAACAGUGUCUACAUCUUAAUUUUAUCCUUCCUUGUUAAUGUUUAUUCAUCGCUUACAAAAAAUGAUCUGUAAAUGAUAAGUUCCAAUGUAACAGCUGUUUCUUGACAUUUUUAUUAGUGUAAGAUAUUAAUAACUUUUUAAAAACUAAUGCUUCUUUUUUUCUUUUUAGUUACAGUAUGCCUCUUAGGGUCUAUUUUGCUUAUCCAUGCAAAAAAUAAAUAAUUUUUUUUGGGGGGAUGGUCAGUGAGUAAAUUUAUGCUUCAAUUGGACGGAGUUGUUUUGCGGGACCUAUACUAAUGUAAAAGGGGAAAAGCUAUAAUCAUGUAAGAGGGAAACGGCAGAUUUAACUUCUAAAACUUACUGAUAUUAUACAACAUACCAUAUGCACAGAUGAAAUAUUAGGCUAUGAUCUGUAAUUGGGGAACCAUUGCCAAGAUAAUUCUUUAAGGCGGUAGUCUACUGUGGUAAAGACCAUAGAUCACUUCAGAAUCCCUUCACUAAUGUUUUCACGUUAUCUUCGAAUUUGAUUAUUUUUUUUUUACCAAUGUAUCUUUUCAUUUUUGAAAAAUAUUUUCUCUGUACAUAAAUGAAUUUAAAUUUUGCUUUAAAAGGUGACUGUUUUGCUUUUUCUCUAAUAUACUAAAACAUAACAUGUAAAACAAAAAUGAAUUUUAUCAAUUCUUUUUGGGUGGAUGAAAAAAAUACAGCUAGUAACCAAAAUGUUGAAUGCCUUUGGUAUGUAAGAUCUACUUUUAAGAACAAUUAUUAAUGUGGAAUAUGUAUCUGAGGAAUUAAACAUAAUUAACUAUAGAUUUAUCAGUGAAUCUAUAUUUCUAAGAAAGUUAAUAUGCUAAAAACACACUUUAUAAUCUACUUUUAUACUUGCUGCAAGGUAGACAAAUGAUAAUGUGUUGGUAUAAGCAUGGUUUUGGCUUUAUUUAUUUAGCAUGAUGCCAAUUUCAGUUGCAUUUUCUCUUCAGCUCUAUCUAUAAGUGUUUGUUGGCGUGUCUCUCUUUUAAAAAAAAAAAUUGCAUAAAAAAAAAAAUAAUAAUAACUCUGGCUUUGUCAAUAAAAAUAACAAUAAAAAGAAACUUAGUACUCUUUAAAUGUGAAACUUAUUAUUUUUUUAAAUCAGUUUUCUUUCUGCGUUGAGAUGGCUUCUUGUUCAACUUUAAAUUCCGUUUAAUUUGGUUAGUGAACAAUAAAAUAAAACUAAUUUAAUCUGAUCCGCUUUGCCCUGCUUCCCUCCGCAGCCCCUGGCGCUGGUGCCAACCCUCGCCCCAAUCCUAACAACCCUAAUGAGUACUGUUCUAAAGUGCCACCCAACCAGCAGGCCAGCAGUCAUGCCAGCCCUCCGGUUGUUAUGGUGCCGACAGGUGUACUCAAACCUUCAGGUCAGUCAUAACAAGCUCAGUACUUUCAAAAAUCAAUGCUUCUCAAAAAGCUCAGUGUUUCUCAAAAAUCUGAAGUGAUAAACAUCCUUAUUUAACUUUGCUGUAUUAUUUGGUAGUGACUCAAAGAAGAGCCCCAAAAUCUCUUCAUUUUGAGAAACAUUGUAAUAAUUUAGUAGUCAAAUGUUUCAUUUUUUUUAAAUUUUGAAAAUUUAAAUCAUAGUGUUACAUAAGUAUAUCAAGUAUCCAAUAUUGCAUCGUUGCUACAAAACUGCAAAGUUGUCAAUAAAUUGUCAUUCUACAAUUCACUUCAUUUAUUGUCAAAUCAGUUUGGACUUGUUUAGAUUGUUAAUGAUUAUUUAAGGGUUUAAAACCAUUUCCGAUCAGUAUUGUCUAAAAGUUACAUCGUGUUAUCGUGGAUAUAGAAUUCUUUAAAAAAAUAUAAUUUGGUUUUCUCAGCUUCAUAACCUUUUAGCAGUCCACAUUCAUUUUAUUUUGCUUUUGCCUGCCGCAAAUGUCUUUGAUUAUCAUUCUGAGUCAAAUGUUGAUGAAUGAUAAAUAUCUUUGAUCUAUUAAUUUUCCUUUUAACAAAACUAACUUCUUUGUUUAGACCAGUUGCAGUUUAAAAAAAAAACAAGCAUCCUUUAUGAUUCCUUUCAUUCUUUGAGUGAAAUUUUGAUUUUAAAACUUAACUUUGCAAAAGUAGAUAUCAAGCAUGUAUAUACUAAGGAGUUAUGGAAAAGUAGAUAUCUAGCAUGGAAAUAAUAAUGAGUUGAGUGGUUAGGGCGGAGAUUAAGACUCUGAAAGGGAUACUAUCAAAGUUUUGACCUUUUUAAUGUUUGAUUUUAUGGUCGUUUUGUUAACUUUUUAUUAUUUUGAAGUGUUUUUUUGGAAUAUUUUAUCCUAUAUUUAGGUAGUCAAAAACGUACAGGUGAACCCAAACAAGUAAUGUUUUCUGAUGGUAUUAGGCCAGGAGGAGAUUUGACAGAACUGGAUGGGCCUGAGCAAACCCGACCACGCCGCUCUGCUAGGGCAGUGAGAAGAGGAGCCCAUCAAGGUUAGUUUGAAGUUCAUAAAUACACUAACAAAAACAAGAUUUUGUUUUCAAGAGACUUAGGAUAAAUGAACUGAACAACGUUAAACAAUCUAUAUCUUUGCCCAAAAAUCUACAAAACAUUACAACACAAGCUAACCCAUCACUCCACUUUCCUAUCACUCCACUUUCCUAUGUAUCCCAUAUUGUAGUUAUUGAAUCUUCUUACAUCCAAAUUUUCAUCUUCACAUGGCUUUUGUUCUUUGAAAAUUUGCAUAAAACUGAACUCUGAACCCUUCUUUCCUUUACAUAAAAAAAUUCUCUUGUCUCCCAGUAAUUCAUACAAAUUUUAGAAUAUCAUAUGAAAACAUAAUUUGAGUAAUGUUAUUUAAACUCUUUUCAAAUGAAACAAGUUAAACAUUCAAAUUUCUUAGGACGAAUGAUGUUAUUGUGAAAAUGGCUGGAAACUCUAGCAUGGGAGUAGGAGUUAAGUAGGCUGGUACACAUGGGAAAUAAGGAGAGAGAUAAUAAUUUUUUUUUAAAUAAAUUAUUUUAUUUCUAAACCCUUUCCUUUUCUCCCCCUGAGCAUAUAUUUACUAUUUCAUGAUAUUUACUAGUACUACAUAUAAUUAAUACUAUGAUUAAAUAGCAUCAAUAUGUAAAUGCUUAUCAUUAUAAAUGGCAACUUAGUUUUCCUGAUUAUUUUGGCUUUAUUGUGGUAUUUUUUUCUUGCUCAAAUUAUAAAGAAUAGUGCUAUCUUAACUAAUUUUUAUUGGUUCUUUCGUGUCAUUUUCUAAGGAUCCCCACCAGCUCGGAAAAUUAAAGAUGAUAGUCUUUCUCGGAGUCCUUGUUUAUUACCAGAGGAAGGUUUGCCUCCACUAUAUAUCAUUCAGGGAGAUUCAGGUGAGUUUCUCAUUUUGACCAUUGAUUGAAACAAAAUACAAAUUACAGCGUGUCCCACUGAUCCUAAAUUGAAAUGUCAUUUAAAAAGGUUUAUAGCAGUCCUUUUGGCUCAUAAAGGGAGACCACUUGUCUCUGAGUAUGAAUGGGCUGAGUUGAUGUCGUUGAUUAAAACCACCCGGGUGACCACAUGUCUCUGAGUAUGAAUGGGCCGAGUUGAUGUUGGUGAUUAAAACCACCCGGGUGACCACUUGUCUCUGAGUAUGAAUGGGCUGAGUUGAUGUUGUUGAUUAAAACCACCCGGGUGACCACUUGUCUCUGAGUAUGAAUGGGCUGAGUUGAUGUUGCUGAUUAAAACCACCCGGGUGACCACUUGUCUCUGAGUAUGAAUGGGCUGAGUUGAUGUUGUUGAUUAAAACCACCCGGGUGACCACUUGUCUCUGAGUAUGAAUGGGCUGAGUUGAUGUUGUUGAUUAAAACCACCCGGGUGACCACUUGUCUCUGUGUAUGAAUGGGCUGAGUUGAUGUUGUUGAUUAAAACCACCCGGUUGACCACUUGUCUCUGAGUAUGAAUGGGCUGAGUUGAUGUUGUUGAUUAAAACCACCCGGGUGACCACUUGUCUCUGUGUAUGAAUGGGCUGAGUUGAUGUUGUUGAUUAAAACCACCCGGGUGACCACUUGUCUCUGUGUAUGAAUGGGCUGAGUUGAUGUUGUUGAUUAAAACCACCCGGGUGACCACUUGUCUCUGUGUAUGAAUGGGCUGAGUUGAUGUUGUUGAUUAAAACCACCCGGGUGACCACUUGUCUCUGUGUAUGAAUGGGCUGAGUUGAUGUUGCUGAUUAAAACCACCCGGGUGACCACUUGUCUCUGAGUAUGAAUGGGCUGAGUUGAUGUUGGUGAUUAAAACCACCCGGGUGACCACUUGUCUCUGUGUAUGAAUGGGCUGAGUUGAUGUUGUUGAUUAAAACCACCCGGGUGACCACUUGUCUCUGUGUAUGAAUGGGCUGAGUUGAUGUUGUUGAUUAAAACCACCCCAACAUUAUAUCAAGGUGAGACACCCAUGGCGUCUGGCAGGCACUGAGAAACAUGUGAAAGUCACUAUCUUGUCAAACAAGAAAAAUGCAACUGUUGGGGAUGGUACCAGGGCACAGUGAAUCACUUACCCCUGCACACUUUGAAACGCUCUGUGAGCAAGUAUAUUAUAUUUAGCCACAUUUUAAGGAUUCCUAUCCAAGUCCAUGAUGUAAUACAAUCAAUAUGCACAUACAAAAUUAAAAUAUCUGUGAAAACGUUUGGAAAUAUUUUUAAAAAAAAAAGAUUUCUGAUCCACUGUGCCCCAAUUCCCCCUACAUGUCUUGGGGCAUCAAGAGAGAGAGUGAGAGAAAUGACAAGUAGUGAAAUGUGCUGUAAAAAAUUUCUCAAACAGGAAUAAAGGGAAAGAAUUUGUGAAUUACCUUUAGCAAUACAAGGAGCAAAGAACCCAUAUUUAUAACCCACUUUUCAACUUUUGCAUAUUUAUUUUUUUUGCUUGUCAUCUAUUUAUUUCUUGUCAUCUAUGUAUAUUUUAGCAUAAUGUCAUUGUCAUAUCUGAUGUAGCUGUUUUACAUCUCACAGGUUUUAUUGAAAGGGAUGAGGCACUCAAUCAGAUAGACUACACAGCUGAUUAUAAAUGUGAGUACUGUGACACUAUAUCUUUGUCAUGGAAACAUGCCCUGUAAUAAUUGAUUUCAAUAAAUUAAAAAGCCAACAUAAAAUCAAAGAUGAACUUUUUCAAUGCUUAAUAAACUCAUUUCAGCUGAAGGAGGACCAUUGAUAUUCUAUGCUGCCAACAAAAAUUUGGCUGUUGGUGUUAAAAUAUUGAAUUGUAAGUUUACAACACUGUUAUGUCAUUUAACAAACCCCGGUACCCAUUGUUUUCAUUUUCAUUGGAUAUAAGUUUUUAUUUAAACUUAUAUGAUAGAGGGAAUUUAAUUAGAUUAAAUAUUUCUUUUAAAUCUGUUCAGUACAAUUUUAAAAAAUAAAUACAAUCUGUUUAAUUUAAAAAAUAAAACAUAAAUGGAUACUUUUGUUUCAAAUGCAAUUUUUAUUUCAAAUUAAGUAACUGAAAAAAGCCUAAUUUUCAUUAAGAUGAGAAAUAAAUAAAAUUGUUUUCAUGUAAGAUAUAAAGUAAAUCAAAUAUAUUAUGCCUUCGAUAGUUAUUAUUAACGCUUGUUUCAAGCAGUGGCUUGUUGUGUGAAUAGAGCAGACCUGUUUACUCUUAAGAUUUUGGCAUACAAUGUACGAUUUUGAGGGUAGACAUUAUAAAUACCAUACGUUUAUUUUUUUACUAUUAAGAUAAUGUAUUGAACGAUUUUGUGAUGAUAUUGUACGAUUUUAAGAGUUUGGGGGUAAACAUGUAUUAUAGAGUUUGCUGGUGUUUUGUUACAUGAGGUAAUGAAAUAUUGCUUGUUUCAAUCAGUGGAUUGUUGUGUGAAUAGAGUUUGCUGGUGUUUUGUUACGCGGGGCAUGAACACAGCUGGACAGAGUGAGUUGAUCGUCUUGCUGGAAUUGACUGAGGAAGAAAUGACCAGUCCAUCAUUGUCCCCACCUAGAGAUAUGUUUAUUCAUUUGCAUAAUGUAUAUGAGGAAGCACUUAAAGGUAUCGUGUGUAAGGAUGUCUGGACAUCAAUUAAUUACUUGUAUACAAGUGACUUGCUUCUUUUUCUAUAUUGAUACUACAUUUUUGUGUUUCAUUUCACUAUGGAAUAUAAGUAUGUUCCUCGAUCAAGAUUUAAUGUUAUAUUAACCACUAAGCUGUGAAAUGUUUAAUUGUAUACUCCUACACAAAUGCACUUUGGGAAUGUCACCUGUGGUGUAUUAAGAUAGGGAUCACUGACAUAGACAGAUAAAGAUGUGAGCAUUAGUUUAGCUAUUGAGUACUUACUAAUAUCAAUUAUAAUUGGAUCUCACCAGGUUAUCCUAUCCAAGACAUGGGCCACUCCAUGUUCCACCAGAAUUUCUUGGGACACAGAGAACAUGGUGGUUUCUUGUAUUUACGGCCAACCUUUCAGUGUUUGAACAAACUUCCACUGCCAGAGUCACCCUUCCUGUUUGGAAUACUUUUACAAAAGUGGGAGGUGCCUUGGGCCAAAGUAUUCCCCAUACGGCUCAUGCUUCGACUAGGAGCUGAGUACAGAUGUAAGUUUGGAUUUCUGCUUAAACCAUGAUGUCUUGUGAAUGUGUAAGAAAGGUUUCAUGCUGCCUUGUUGUAUUGUUUAAACAUAUAUAUAAACUUGUGGUUUUGCAAAAACAAAACAUAGUUUUUAAGCUAGUUGUUUUUUAUUUGCCAAGCUGCAAGUUUAUAUACUGGCCUAAAUGGUACAUUAAAGUUUAUUUUUGUGAUAGCCAAAUAAUACAGAUAUGAUGAUGCUGAUUGAGUACUUUUAUAGCGCUUGUGUCCAUGCUAUUUUUAGCAUGCUCACAGCACUCUGAUGUCCUAAAAUCUAUUUAAAGAAAAAAGUCUUUAAAUGGUUCUUAAAUGAAUUUUUAUCAUUUUUAAUAUCCAUCAAAGGUGGAAAUAUCAGAGGUUAAAAGGAAGAAGGGGUGUAGAAUUAAGUGCCAUCUGUAAGUCAGAAAACAUUUUCUCUAUGUCAUUCUACAUAUUCUUGAUUCAUGCAUGGAUUGGCCAAUGUUUUAUUGCUGAUUCACAGAUUAUCCUUGUCCACUGGUCGGUGUCAGGAACAGGAAGCCUGUGUUCUUUGAAAUAGGCCACACCAUCAUUAACUUGCUGGCAGACUUUCGCAACUAUCAAUAUAUGUUAACCCAAAUUAGAGGUGUAACAAUACACAUGGAGAACAAGAAGACAGUGAUAAGCUUCCCACGCAAUAGAUACAAUGAUGUAAGUAUUCCAAGGCUCAUCUGGGGUUUUCCAACAUAAUUUGAACCUUCCAACUGACAUAUCUUAAGUUAUUCUUAAUCAUCUGGCAAUUCUGUCUAAUCAUGUUUAUUAAAUCUUAAUAAUUUAUAAACAUUGAAUUUUAUUACAAGUAACUGAUUUUGGCUGACAUUUUUGGUAUUUCACAAUGUCAUGUAAAAUAAUUAAGUGAGAAAUGUAAUUUCUCCAACAGGUGAUGAAGGUUGUGAGGAACAGCAAUGAACAUGUGAUGGCAUUUGGAUCUUCAUUCAGCUCAGAGGCAGAUUCACAUUUGGUGUGUAUUCAGAAUGAUGAUGGCAAUUACCAGACACAAGCAAUCAACAUACAGAACAAGCCCAGGCUAGGUCAGUUCAUGUUUUAAAGACGCUUUUUAAAAUUAGUAUCUUUUUUAAGAGCAGGGCGGUUUUACGCACAUAAUCUGUUAAUAAUUUUAUGUCACAUUAUCAUUCAUUUUCAUCCUACAGUAACAGGGGCAAGUUUUGUUGUUUUCAAUGGAGCCCUUAAAGCGAGUUCUGGACUUCGGGCCAAAUCCAGCAUCGUUGAAGAUGGUCUGAUGGUUCAAGUGUUGCCAGAAGCAAUGGUUAGCAUAAAAGAGGCCCUCAAAGAUAUGACAGACUACACUAUUCAAUGUGGACCAACAGAUUCAAGUACAGUGGAGGAAAUGGUUGAACUGAAAUGGGUGGACAAUGACAGAAACUUUAACAUUGGGUGAGUCACAACAUGGAGUCCUUACUCAAGGCAGUUAAUAACUUAGUAUAAAUUAUGUGCAUUCAUGAGAAGAUUGUUCCCUGACAUGAAAAGUACUGUAUACACUCAUUCAUAAGCCCAUAUUUUCAAGAGCCAAAACCCUUAGCUUGGGAAAAUGCUAAAAACUGCAAUCUGCUCAUAAGCUGACCAAAUAAAAUAUGCCAAAUGAUAUGCCAACCAAUAUGGUACCAUACUAAGAAAUAAAAAAAAAAUCCAACUUAAAAAAAAACAUUAACCUAAUAUCCAUACAGAAUUAACUAAAACACGGAUACUCGCUUUGCAAGUCAACUGGUGUAUAACCAUUAAACACUCUCAACAUAUCCAAAAAUUUGUCUGCUGCUUGGAAAGAGAUGUGUUGUCGUCUUGUCACAGGCAUAUAUUCUGCUAUAAAUCUACUUUCUCGAUUUUGUUUCAUGCGCUCUCUCGAAAAGUUGCAUAGUCCGAGAGAUAUUUUUAGUAUUUUCAAUGAAAGGGUAAUCAAGUUCGAUAUAGUCAUGCUAGCUUAAAUUGCUUUAAUUAAUAUAUUUAUUCCUAAUCUACUUCCUCACCUGGGAAAUGGAAAAAUUAAAUUAUAUUACCAUUUAACAAAACAAUUCAGCUAAUAGUUUGUAUGCAUUGCCACUGCUUUUCAGUGUAAAGAGUUACAUUGAUGAAACAUCGUUAGAGGGUGUGGAGAGUGUAAGUGUUAAAUCCCCAUCAGACUUCUUUGGUGAGACUCUGGCCAUUCGCUGGACGAGGGUGUAUUUCCUUCAACACCAAGAUUCCACUUCUAGUCACUUUGAUCCCUUGGAUUUGAGUCGGUUAACAGAGGACAUAGCACAGGCUUGCUGCACUGCACUGGUCAAGCAUUUAGAUGACCUCAAGAAAGAAGGCCAAGUCAAACUCGGUUUGAGAGUCAACCUUACUCGAGAUUCUGUAAGUUUUGAUUGCUUUUUUCACAUCAUAUCUUUACUAAUUGAUAUCUGGAUUUCAAUGAUAGCAUUAAUUCAUUACAGAAAAUAAUAUUUAAGAGCCUAAAAACAUUUUGGCCAGUUGAAUUCAUUAUGUAAAAUGAAAAAAAUACAAUGACCAUUUGCAAUAAAUUUAAUAAACUUUGUCUUUUGCUUGCGAAAAGAAAUUUAAUAGAACCAGUAUCAAUAACUUAUUUGAAAAGCAGGUUUCUCCUAGUAAAUUAUAAAUCCCUUAACAUUUGAAUUAUUAAUAUUGGUUAUAACAAGACAGCAGUCUAAGAUAUGAAAAGAUUUCUAAAUAUUAAACAUCAUAUUUAAUUUAUUUACCCAGUUUUAUUUUCAAAUCAUAUUCAAUAUAAGAAAUGAAUGAGGAUCACAAUGACUAUUAGCAAGUUUUAAAAGUUUUGAAAGUUAUCUUUCUGUUGUCCCUCUUGGUUUGCUGUUGAAGGCUUUUCAGUUGAAACAUUCAUCAUUUAGUUGUGUGAUCUUUCAGGUUUUUCCAUAGGAUACUCUGGGUGUUAUAUCUUAUAUUACAAUUAGGAGACUUAGCUCUAACACAGAUCAAAUAUGUGCCUGUGCAAAGUUGUGUCCCAUAAUACUAUAUGCCUCAGUUUAUCUGUUUUCAUAUUUAUUGAUCUUCCCUGUAAGGUCCUUAGAUAACUGAUUUUAAAUUAAUUCCAGCACAGAAAUACAUCUCCUCAGUUUGCAGAAACAAAUAUAAAAAUGCUGUUACAUUUUUAUACAACAUAAUUCUGGAGAAGGGACCAGAAAGUCAUUAGAUUAAACAGUUUUCUCCGUUUAUUUCCUCACCAAGUUAUUACUUCAUUCUUUGUAGGUGGGAUAUGAGAUUGGCUCCAGAGGUCAGCAACUGCCUGCACCAAUGAUCAAUAAUCUUGACACCUUUCUUGUACCCAUAGUGCAUCAGGCUUCUGAGGAAGGCAUUGUCAUGGAACUAGUAUUUAACAUUGUGGACUAAUAAGUGUUGUAAUUAGGACUCAGGAUGAUCACUCAGACUGCUCAUCUAUCAUCAUUGUUGUGUAUUUUAUUGAAACACUAUGGAGUUAUUUAUAACAGAACAAAUAAUUGAUAAAAGUUACAACUUGUGGGAUGCCAGUGCAAAUGACUUUAAAUAAAAUAAAAUGAAUGUACAUGUGAAACUAUUGAAUAUGCUACAGUGGAUGGCUUAAAUGUGUAGUGUGACAGUGCUUGUAUAGCUUAAUAUAAGAGUGUGGACUGUCUUGUAAAUAACUAGAGUUAAUGAUGAAUGAUACGUUUCUAUCAGUUAUAAGAAAUAAGUUAGACAAAGUUGUUUUCUGCAAAUUUUGAUAUUAUUUCAGGUGUACUCUGCACUUAUCUGGUAUUGUACAAUAUUUAAAUAUUUAUAUGACAUAGCCAGGAUUCUUGUAACAAUUCCCUCUUGUAGGUGUGUGGUAUAUUUAAAAGGCUGACUGAAAAUACCUAAUAAGAGCACAAAAAGGGUAUUAAUAACCCACAAAACUGAAUUCUCCCUAUGCUCUGGAGUGUGUAAGUUGUGCCACAUCUCUUUUGUAAUGGUUUUUACUGACAGUACACAAAAAUGUGUCUUUUUUCAUUAUGUAUUUCCAUGCCAACCCAUGUUUGUGAAACUCUUGCCAUGUUGGAAUUUUACUAAAAAAUAUUGUGAUUGGAUUUUCUUUCAAACCUUUUCAUAUUAAUUUGUCCACGUUUAAAAAAAAAAUCAGAAGAAAAAAUGACUAUAAAGAUUAAAUCCCAUUUCUACUUUCUGAAAAAUAAUUAAUAAAAGUGAUAUUGAUUCCCUCCUUUGAAAGUUGUCAAAAUUUGCUUGUAUGGCAUUAAUUAACCCAAUCAUGGCAGUGUCUUAAGUGUUGCUGAUGAUGCAAACGACCUAGUGCUUAAAAGAUAUGCCAGUUUUAAACAUUAAGACCAGUAAUUUAAAAAAUUUGGUUCAUCACUUAACUGGUCCAGUACAAGGUGUGUCUACCAUAGAGAACAACACAUCUUGUGCUUCUAAUCCAGUACAGGUGUGGAGCCCAACAAAUAUUGUUCAUUGGCAGGCAGGAAUCUUCUAUGUGAAAUUUAAAAUUUCUUAAGUCCUAAGAAAGUCUACUUUGCUUGGGUUACCUGGAUCAUUACCAAGUCUUCCCAUUGACAUUUUGCAGUUAGUGUUAAAUAAAACAUUUUAAAAAUGUUAUUGCUUCUGAUUUUUAAAGAUGAACGAACUAUUGCAAGAUGAACGAACUAUUGCAAAUGAAAGCUCAAAAACAUUUUUUAAAUUAAAAGUUACCGGAACACAAUAGCAGAAAUGGACUUCUCAAAUAAAGAUAUUGAACUCUGCCAAUUCAACUAAAUUUAAUACUAGGCAGCCUGCAACUGCUGACAUCAUAAUGGCUUUCUGAACAUUUUUAUUUUCACAAUGUCAGAAAAUCCACCCCACUCACCCACCCAGGAUGCGGAUUGAACAUUUUUCUGAACAUAUAUUUUUAAUAUCCUAAGGUUUUAAAGAGUGUAAACUAAGUAUGUCUUCAUCUCUCCUUCACACUCCACAACAAAGCAUAAGAGAGAUUUGAAGGUGAGCCCAAGAUAUGCAGUCACCUUUGAAUCCAUUUGAAAAAAUUGCUUCUGAGUCUGAGAGCAAACGUGCACAUUACUAACAAUGACAUUUUCUUAAUAAGACAUACAAGUCAAGAGCUUAUAGCACCACAUAAGGUGGGAAAUGGCUGUCUGGGAAUUUCUCCCUCAAGCAUUGAUUAAAUGAAAGGAUUAUGGUGAUAAUUUGAUAUCAAAGGAGAUCAUGUCAGUUAAUCAUGUAUUGUAGAAAGAUAUUUAUUAUUCAUUUAGACCAUAUAUUAUCUCAUUGUUCAUAUCUUAGCUUAUUACUCCCACCCUAACUCAUUGUGAUAUAUCAUACUACUCAUUAUUCAAUUUAAAAAUGAAUACCAAAGAAAGUUACCUAAUUGGGGUAAUAUUUCCUUAUCUUUUUAAUAACUUUUUCACUACUUUCAGCUCUUAUUUACCAAGUUAUUGAUCUCUGUUCAAAUAAUUACAGAAAAUGAUUUAAACUUUUUUUCAGCAUUAGAGAUUCCCUUUUUAAAAGAGAAUAAAAGCUAACCAUUAAAAUUCAGUGUGAGUCAUUCUGACAACAAAAAAAAAAAUUAAUGACAAAAACAUCUAUAAAGACAAUAAGCUUUGUAAUUGCCCAAAUACAUGUAUUUCAGAUAUUCCAUCUGUACAAGUAAGUUUCACCUAUUCAAUUAGACAUACGUUGAGACAUUCAGUACUGUAUUCUCAUUUCGAUCAAUGUCUGCCCUUAUUUAAGAAAUAUAUCUGAGGCACGUUCCAACAAAAUUAUCAUUGCUAUUAUCCACUAUUUCCUAGUUUCUCUUUUUAAACAGUUUUUUUUUGUUUAUUACUGAAAAUAAAGACCUUAAUUUUCAGAAUGUUAACUGUGAAAAAACCAUGUUUGAUAUGUGAUCUUGUUCCUGUGACUUGCAACCAGUAGGGCAUUUCUUAAUUCAUUCUAUUUAUAUUUGUACAUAUUAUUUUGAGUUAUGAACUUGAUGUAAACAUCCUGGUUCAUAAUAGAAAAGUGAAUAUUGGAGAAGAUUAUAAAAGGAGUAAAGUUUGACUGUGAGCCAUAGUAGGUUAGUCUGGAAAUAUGUUAAAUGGGAAGAAAAAAAUGUCUCUUCUAUUGCCUCUAUUAUUAUGAUCUGAUUAUGUAAAUUAAAAUCUCCAUUAAUAUUGGGAAAUGAUAACCCACAACUCAAGACCAUUGUUAAUUUUCUGUUUAAAAAAAAAAAAGAAGAGCCUAUUGAAUGAAAGGUGAAGCUUUGAAGAAAAAAAAACAACCUCCUGAGCCACAUUUUUACAAACACAUUUAAUGUUAGUGAUUGUAGGUACCUGUAUGUAAAAUGAAGGAUGUUAGACAAUGUCCCUUGCUAUCAUUUCCCUGAUAUAUUUUUUCUGUGUGUACACUGACAGAUUUUAUUUUUUGCCCAAUCUCAUCACCCUUUGUAUCAUCAGUAUCAAUUUUUUUUCAAAAUGUCCUUUCCUUAAUAGAAAGUAAAUGGGUGCAAAUUAAUGGUCUUUAUAUCAAAUUUACAGCACAGAUUUAAGGAACAGAUUUAUUAAGGUUUUUUUCAUUCUAAAAAUGUAUAAAAUUGCCCUUCGUACGUCCUGUUUUCAUUACCCUCCCACAGAGUGUAUAUAGUAAUAAUAUUAUGUUUUGCUAGUCUUUUGUGGUAAUAGUCACAAAAUUGCAUAUGAGAUGCUCUUAAACAUUUUAUUUAUUUUGAAGCUAUUGUUAAUGUCAGCAUUUUAUAAGUUGCCUUGGUCUCCAACAGUAGGGAUUGAUAGAUCACUUCAAAGGAAUAAUAGUUAUAUAUAUAUAAAAUAACCUGUAGUGACAAAAUGUUAAUAAAUAUAAUUUAGAGGUGAUAAUUGUAAUCCUCGAAGUCAGUGGUUCUCUUCUCAACCUUCUUAAUGCUGCGACCCUUUAAUACAGUUCCUCAUGUUGUGGUGACCCCAACCAUAAAAUAAUUUUCUUGGCCACUUCAUGUCGUUCGACCCUCAAAGGGGUUGUGACCCACAGGUUGAGAACCGCUGUUCUGCUCUAAGUAAUGAAGAAAUUUCACUUCUGCAUAUUGAUCAGUAUCAACUGGCAUUUAAACAUUGAGAGCAAUUAUGUAUUAGUAAUCUGGUAAUGGAAGGAGGCAUAUGAUAACUAUAUUAUUAACUAUGUUCAAAGUAUUGUUUUGUAUAGAGGUUUAUUUAACUAGUUAUUGUUGGAGUUAUGUUAUUAAUAAAGGCUGUGGUAUAUUGUGCAUUCUUCUAUUUGAAUAUUAAAGACAAUAUGAAUCAUAUUCACUGAAAUAAACACAUUUUAUUCACUUGGUACUCCAUACCGAUGAAUAUUUUAAAGAACAGAGAAAGAAAACUAUUUCCCAACAAUUUGUCAUCGUUUUUAAUGAUUUUUAAAAUAUUUACAUAUUUUUAUUUACAUUAUAUGAAAUGUAAUAAAUGCAGAUAAAAUUGAGUAAAACAAAGGUGAAAAACAAAUUUUAUUUACUACACACCUCACAAAAUGAUGCAUUUGCCACUAUUGUAAAAUAAACACAUUUACUUUAAAUACCAAUGUCUGCUUUUGUUAGCAACUUAACUGGAUCAAUUAAAUUUUCAAUAUUUACUAACAGUACCAUUUUAUUCUGGUAACCACUUGCAGUUG